AUGGCGGCUGAUAUCAUUAACGGGAUCCGCCAUCGAAAGCUCUGGUUUCCAUGCAGAUUCUUCUCGCUCAACGCCACUUCCUUGACCCUUCUAGCAAUCGCGACGAAACUGCCUGUCGAUCUUAGCACUCUAAUGCCCCGGGCUCUAGAUCAGCUCACCAAGCUCAGUGGGACCGUCCUGAUUUGCACCGCAAUGGCCAACUUCAUGCCGUCUUUAGGAACCAUGGAAGACUCCCAGGUGAUCUUGAACGUUGUCCCAUUGGGAAUUCUAGUCAUCACGAUAAUUGUCAACGUCUGCAUUGAAAUGGGUACCGGCGUCAUUUAUGCCUUUCGUCUGGCACACAUCAUAAUCCUGCUUUUCAUGCUAAUCAUGCUCCUGAUUCUUUGUUCCUCUGCUUUAACGGUUUCAACCACGAGUCAGUUGCUAAAACAACAGUAUGAGUUGAAACACCAUCAAGCUUCAGAUGGGCCAGAUGUUAAAGUUGAGACAUCCACCGUUACGAAAUUGAAAAAUGAUGUGAGGAAAUAUUGGAUGAUGGCCCAUAGCUCUAGUCCUCAGUAUGUUAUCAGUCGCUCCUUGAUUGGCACCGCUUCGGGAGCUUUCUGUCUCUUGGGUGCUAUCGUUCUGACGGAGGCAUUCAUCGCAUCACUAGGUCCAAAUUCACCAAGCUUUUGUCAAGAUUUGAAUCCUGACGAGUUUCGGACUCAAUCCGUAUCAGAUUACGGGUGGUCGAUUACGCUUGUCUCAUUUUCUCAAGUAAUUGCAGUUGGGGUAGGAACUGUAGCCCCUGCUUGUAGAUGGUUUGCCACUGUCAAUUCGAUGGGCUUUCAGAUAAAAACAUGGAGUGAUUUCAAAGGCGAGUUUAAGGUGGAGAGGUACUGGAUUCAGAGAUUGGUGGAUUGGAAAGACAGCCCUUUACAUUUCGGCAUCAAGAGCAGGAGCUGUCGAAGGUUCGUCUAUGGCUUUAGAAAUCUAAUACUGGAUGUCUGUCUACGAAUGCAAACUGCAAUAGUCUUAUUCAGCAAAUCUGUUCGAUUAGCUUUCAUGUUGGUCAUGACUGGGCUCAAAAUUCUGCUGUCCUGCUUCCUCUCAAUCCUACCACGAAGGCAGUUCAAGUCCUCUGGAAGCGUUUUGAAUGAGGAAACAGGGUCUUCUUCAAAUACAGAUCGAGGCCUGAAUGAUUUCGUAUUACAUCUCGAGGGUGAGGAAAAAUUGGUCCAUUUGAUCAUGAAACAAGGCUGCAUCGACACAGAGAAAUGGAUCCGUAAAGGUAGAAAGAACCAAUUAAAACAUCUUAUGGAUCUUUUAAGCAAAUCAACAAUUUCGGAAGGCUUCAAGGGAGUCUGCGAUUUUGAUAGCGACGUAGUUCGCCUGGUAGGUUUGGUGGAAAGUCCUAAUUGCUGGGCUCUGCCUUUGGUAACCCUUGUGAGUAUAGCCAUUGCAAUUCCUUGCACGGACCGAGAACUGAUCGAGCCAUUGCUACAUGGGGUAAAUGAAGGCCUCCGUUGCGUAAGAUUCAUAGAGAAGAAGCUGGAUUUGAAAGGGCUGGUAAACAUUAAGGAAGCAGCAGACAUCGUCUGGCAAGGUGUUGAUCUUAACUGUAAAUGGUUCGAUGUGGAUCUUGCCACAUUGAUCCCUGAAGAGAAGGAUCCCAAGAAAAUAAUCGAACGCCUUGCAGACAUUGGAAAGGAUUGUGUUUUGGACUUUGAGAAGACCAUGGCGCCUUUGUGUGGAAACAAGAAGAACACUCUCAAGUGGACGGCCAAAGCAUUGGCGGGCAAUUCUCUGUAUAGAAUCUGUCAAACCAUUCUGGAUGACUAUGACAACAAAUUUAGGAGAGCGGAAGAGCUGUUCGAAUGGUUGUGUGUAACGAUUUCUGAUAUAUUGGGAGCCUGUCUUACCAAUUUACCGCAUGCGAUAUCCAUCGAAUGCUCUUCCAGUGCCAUCGAAGCAAAGGAAGAUAGCAUUAGGAAAGCAGCUUCUUUUCUUGGCGAAGCUGAAAACAUAUUGGAAACUCUCGGACACCAAGGGGUUGAAGAUCUGGGCAUUGAUCAAUGUGCCUAUAUCGACGACUGGCGUACCAGCAAACUGAAGAAGAACACAUCACGCCUCCCUUCUGCUACUUCCAAUGACGAUAUGUCUAGCGCUACUUCAGGUGAACUGCGUCUAUCUAUCGAGUAGGGAUCAGAGGCUUUUGAUUCGAGGAGAUAAAAGUAGACGCAGAUGAUGCGCAUGCUGGUGUUCAUGUGGAAUAGGAGAAGCCAGAUGAUCUUGCGACUCUUUAUUCCUGAUUUCAUUUGUAUUUAAUUUAUACUGUUAUGUUUUGUAAAAACUUGAGACAUUGGUUUGUAUAAGUUUUCGAUUAGCCACUUAAAUAUUUUGCUAUA